AAACAAACGUUUGAGAGGAAGAACUGGGAAAGAUUAAAGAACACAUAAAAGGAGAAACCAGUUCUGGGGUCCACUUUCGUUUUCUUCUUCCUUUUUUUUUCCUGUCUCACACUAACCCUAAUUUUACACCCACACCACAAUCUUUACGCUCUAACUUCCCCAAAUUAAUUGGCCAAAACCCUAAACAAUACAUUGCCCCCUCUCUCCUCGCUCUGUUCUUUAACUUCUAAAGCUUUUUUUUUUUUUAACUUUUUUUUAAAGGUAAAGGAAAAGGUUUGCCAAUCAAAUAGCAAAAAAAGCUCAUAUAUAUGUACGUAUAUGAUCAGACGUGUAGAUGCAUGUCGGUGGAAUAACGGUGGAUCUCAAUUGGUUCCUUCAAUUUAUAUUCACGCUAUUUAUAAUAGCUUUAGGAUUGCUUCACUUGGUCAAGAAUACGGCGUCGAAGUACUUCGAGGUCGACGCCAAUUUCGAAGGAGGAGGAGGUGGCACCACUUAUCAGAAUAGCUCGGUUCCUUCCAUUCAUAUGGAAAUGGAAGAUUCCUCUUGUGCCAACUGUGGCAAUCAUGGAACCAAGAAGUGCUCCCGUUGCAAAUCUGUUAGAUACUGCUCAACAAAAUGCCAAGAAGCUCACUGGAAAUCUGGGCAUAAGUCAAAAUGCAAGGAUUUUGUAAGUUUAAAUUCAACACCAAAUUCAAAAUCCAACUUCGGGUUAAAAGCUUCAGGUGUUGGAGGUAGAACCUUUUCUGGCAUUGCGCUGGUUCCUGCCACUGGGCCCACUAAGCUUGUUAAGAAGCCAAGAAAGGUUCUUUUCCCCUAUGAUAUCUUUAUUAAACUUUACAAGUGGGACAAAGUAACAUUCCCUCCUUGUGGGCUCUUAAAUUGUGGAAACAGUUGCUUUGCCAAUGUGGUUCUGCAAUGCCUCACAUUCACACGGCCACUUGUUGGCUACUUGUUGGAGAAAGAUCAUCAAAGAGAAUGUAGACGCAAUGAUUGGUGCUUUCUAUGUGAAUUUCAAGUGCAUGUUGAAAGAGUAAGCAAAAGUUCACAACCCUUUUCACCUAUGAGUAUUCUGUCUCGCUUGCCCAACAUUGGUGGUAAUCUAGGCUGUGGAAGACAAGAGGAUGCUCAUGAAUUUAUGAGGUUUGCCAUUGACAUGAUGCAAUCAGUAUGCCUUGAUGAAUUUGGUGGAGAAAAAGCUGUCGAUCCUGCAACUCAAGAGACAACCUUUAUUCAACAUGUAUUUGGUGGUCACCUACAAUCUCAGGUGAUAUGUACAAAAUGUGACAAGAUUUCAAAUCAGUUUGAAAAUAUGAUGGAUUUAAAUGUUGAAAUUCAUGGGGAUGCUGCAUCCUUGGAGGAAUGUCUUGAUCAGUUCACAGCGAAAGAGUGGCUUCAUGGAGAAAAUAUGUACAAAUGUGAUGGGUGCAAUGACUAUGUCAAGGCAUGGAAGCGUCUCACCAUUCAACGGGCUCCAAAUAUUCUCACAAUUGCCUUAAAAAGAUUUCAGAGUGGGAGGUUUGGAAAACUCAACAAAAGAGUAACUUUUCCCGAGACAUUAGAUCUGAGCCCUUAUACGAGUGAAGGAGAUGGUACAGAUGUGUACACACUUUAUGCUGUUGUUGUCCAUGUGGAUAUGCUAAAUGCAUCUUUUUUUGGUCAUUAUAUCUGCUAUAUUAAGGACUUCCGUGGAAACUGGUACAGAGUUGAUGACUGUAAGGUUCAAAGUGUAGAGGAAUUGGAAGAAGUUCUUUCUCAGGGAGCGUAUAUGCUUUUAUAUAGCAGGGUUUCUGUCAGAUCAUCAUGUCUUAGAACCAUGGAACCUUCAAAAGAGCAGGAGCCAACAACAAAAGUGGAAUCAAGCGGCUGUAAAAAAGUUGAUUGCUUCUCAGUUCUGGAGUCUGUGAAUGCCACAAGCACAUGUGGGUCCCUAGCAUCUGGAAGGAAUUCAGAAUUUGUAAAUGAAUGUGAUGUUGGAUCAAGUUCAGCUGUUUCAAUGGAUGCUUCAUCCAAUGGAAAUGAGUUGUCCUCAAGAGUUGACUCCGAGGAUAUGAAUAUCGAUAAGUUUAAGUCUUUACAUCCCUCUGUUACAGUGGAGAUCUUGGACUGUGAUAGGGAUACAACAAUUACAUUUAAUUCUGAAGCUGCAGCUGAAGAUUCAGAGCGUAUGAAUGCAAUUGAUUCUGAUUCUAAUACGGUUGUUCCAAUGGAGAUUUCUGACUGGGAGAAAGAUUCAUCUUCUGCGACCGACUCCAAAGCUGUCACAAUGGAAGAUUCAGCCAAUGCAGAUCUAGUUAAUUCUGAAUAAAUAUCAGAUAUUGUGAACGAUAUCAAAGUUAACGGCACUAUAUAUUCCUUUUCAGGAAUGGCAGCUUCAACCAAACCUCACAACUUGAGACGCGAAUCCCCCUUGAAUGGUUGGGAUGAUGAUAAUAGGAACAAUGGAGCCAAGAGAGCAGAAAUAACAGAUAGAUAUUGAUAACUGUGGGACAUUUUCUCACUAAUUAAUUGUUCAUAUUUAAUUUUUUUUUUUAAUUUUAUUAUUAUGUUAUCCCAGCAGCAAAAGAAAAGUUUGAGUUGGGAAUUUUUUUCGGGGAUUUCAUUAUUUGUGGAAAUCUCGGAUUUCAUUUGUAACAAUUGUAGAUGGAACCAAUUACCUUCAUUAAAAUGAUAGACAUGGACUACGAGGAUGUCAUUACGGA